AGGUGUCAUCAAUGAGCACCACUAUAAGACAGGAGGAGCCACAUUUACUUCACAGCACACAGCUUCUGUCUCCAACCUCCACAGCUGCUGCUGCUUCUCCUUCUUCAAGUCUAACAUGGAGUUCGGACUGUCUUUAAGGGUUCCUUGGAUCUUUGUGCUGUUGUUGAGCAGUGGUGCUUGUUUACCCUUAAAAGAAGAAUACCAAUAUCCCUACAAUUUACCCUCAAGCUCUGGUGGUGAAUCUGCUUCUGAUGAUGGAGCUGCUCCUUCUCCACGAAGUCUUCCUUUUGUCAAGUACCCUGCAACAGGUGGUGAUGAAGUUCAAGUAGGUGGUCAAACACCUGACACCGGUGGUUACUGGUAUCUUCCCCCUCCUGCAUCUUCAAACUCUGGUGGCCAAGUCACUCUUCCUGGCAAUAAGCUUCCUCCAACAGGUGGUGUUUCAGGUCAACAAAGCAGUAACACAGGCAUUGUUCCUCCAGGCUUCCAGGUUGUUGACCCUCCUCCACCCUCCAACACUGGUAGCCAAGUCACUUAUCCUGCCAAACAGCUUCCUGCAACAAGUGGUGGUCAAGUUCAAGUAGGUGGUCAAACACCUGACAUCGGUAGUUACUGGUAUGUUUCCCAUCCUGCAUCCUCAAACUCUGGUGGCCAAGUCACUCAUCCUGGCAAUAAGCUUCCUCCAACAGGUGGUGUUUCAGGUCAACAAAGCAGUAACACAGGCAUUGUUCCUCCAGGCUUCCAGGUUGUUGACCCUCCUCCACCCUCCAACACUGGUAGCCAAGUCACUUAUCCUGCCCAACAGCAUCCUGCAACAAGUGGUGGUCAAGUUCAAGUAGGCGGUCAAACACCUGACAUCGGUAGUUACUGGUAUGUUUACCGUCCUGCAUCCUCAAACUCUGGUGGCCAAGUCACUCAUCCUGGCAAUAAGCUUCCUCCAACAGAUGGUGGUCAAGCUCAAGUAGGUGGUCAAACACCUAACACCGGUGGUUACUGGUAUCUUCCCCCUCCUGCAUCCUCAAACUCUGGUGGCCAAGUCACUUAUCCUGCCAAUAAGCUUCCUCCAACAGGUGGUGUUUCAGGUCAACAAAGCAGUAACACAGGCAUUGUUCCUCCAGGCUUCCAGGUUGUUAACGCUCCAGCAACCUCCAACUCUGGUGGCCUAGUCACUUAUCCUGCCAAACAGCUUCCUGCAACAAGUGGUGGUCAAGCUCAAGUAGGUGGUCAAACACCUAACACCGGUGGUUACUGGUAUUUUCCCCCUCCUGCAUCCUCAAACUCUGGUGGCCAAGUCACUCUUCCUGGCAAUAAGCUUCCUCCAACAGGUGGUGUUUCAGGUCAACAAAGCAGUAACACAGGCAUUGUUCCUCCAGGCUUCCAGGUUGUUAACGCUCCAGCAACCUCCAACUCUGGUGGCCUAGUCACUUAUCCUGCCAAACAGCUUCCUGCAACAAGUGGUGGUCAAGCUCAAGUAGGUGGUCAAACACCUAACACCGGUGGUUACUGGUAUUUUCCCCCUCCUGCAUCCUCAAACUCUGGUGGCCAAGUCACUCUUCCUGGCAAUAAGCUUCCUCCAACAGGUGGUGUUUCAGGUCAACAAAGCAGUAACACAGGCAUUGUUCCUCCAGGCUUCCAGGUUGUUAACCAUCCAGCAACCUCCAACUCUGGUGGCCUAGUCACUUAUCCUGCCAAACAGCUUCCUGCAACAAGUGGUGGUCAAGCUCAAGUAGGUGGUCAAACACCUAACACCGGUGGUUACUGGUAUUUUCCCCCUCCUGCAUCCUCAAACUCUGGUGGCCAAGUCACUCUUCCUGGCAAUAAGCUUCCUCCAACAGGUGGUGUUUCAGGUCAACAAAGCAGUAACACAGGCAUUGUUCCUCCAGGCUUCCAGGUUGUUAACCAUCCAGCAACCUCCAACUCUGGUGGCCUAGUCACUUAUCCUGCCAAACAGCUUCCUGCAACAAGUGGUGGUCAAGCUCAAGUAGGUGGUCAAACACCUAACACCGGUGGUUACUGGUAUUUUCCCCCUCCUGCAUCCUCAAACUCUGGUGGCCAAGUCACUCUUCCUGGCAAUAAGCUUCCUCCAACAGGUGGUGUUUCAGGUCAACAAAGCAGUAACACAGGCAUUGUUCCUCCAGGCUUCCAGGUUGUUAACGCUCCAGCAACCUCCAACUCUGGUGGCCUAGUCACUUAUCCUGCCAAACAGCUUCCUGCAACAAGUGGUGGUCAAGCUCAAGUAGGUGGUCAAACACCUAACACCGGUGGUUACUGGUAUCUUCCCCCUCCUGCAUCCUCAAACUCUGGUGGCCAAGUCACUCUUCCUGGCAAUAAGCUUCCUCCAACAGGUGGUGGCUUCCAGGUUGUUAACGCUCCAGCAACCUCCAACUCUGGUGGCCUAGUCACUUAUCCUGCCAAACAGCUUCCUGCAACAAGUGGUGGUCAAGCACUCGGUCUCACAGAUGACACCGGUUACUGGUUAAUGGAUCUUAAAAAGCUCACUGAAACAGGUCAAGUGAGCACUACUGUCACCGGCUGGCUUUUUAUUGACCAAGAGACCCAAGGCAAUCUGCAUUUCCAGGUUUCUCCACCUGCCCAUCCUCCAACCUUCAAUCUGGUUGGCGGCUCUAAAUCUACCAACGUGCCCCCUAUGCCAUGUGGUGGUCAAGCACUUGGUCUCACAGACGACACCGGUCACUGGUUAAUGGCCCUCGAAACGCUCCCUAAACCAGGUCAAGAGAGCACUUCUGCCAACGGCUGGGUUUUUUUUAACCAAGACGCUAACACGCCCUCUAUGCCAUGUGGUGGUCAAGCACUCGGUCUCACAGAUGACACCGGUUACUGGUUAAUGGAUCUUAAAAAGCUCACUGAACCAGGUCAAAUGAGCACUUCUGCCACCGGCUGGCUUUAUCUUGACCAAGAGACCCGAGGCAAUGUGCAUUUCCAGGCUUCUCCACCUGCCCAUCCUCCAAACUUCCAACCAGGUGGUGGCUCUAUACCUGCCAACAUGCCCCCUAUGCCAUGUGGUGGUAAGUCUCCCAACAAUCUUUUUAUCGUAAGCUCUCCUGUGUACAGUCGUAUUUUACAAAUCAAAACAUGUCUCACUAUCCAAAGGCUCAGCAUUUACCUUCAAGGCAUUGAGACCAUAUAAUUCCACACGGUUCUG